CAGGCUUCCUGUUGGUGCCCAGGUCACGGCUCGCCCUCCUUCCCAGGCUCCGGCGUCGGGCGGCGAGCAUUCCGGGCCUCCGGGGUCGGACGCCGUGCGGCCGGGCCGGCCCCCAGCGGGCGCGGGUUCUGCGGGCCGGCAGAGACUCUAGGGGGACCCCCGAGCGCGCCCGGGAGCCCGCGGGCUGGGCCGUGGGGUCGGCGGGUCCCGGUCCCGGUCCGUGUGCACCCCCGGCGGCCCGGGCGAGGCUCUUGGGCCGGGGCGUCCCCGGGAGGCCGAUCUGGGCCGGGAGGGACGGUGGCCCGAAGUGAGUGUGUCCCGUAGGCCCGGAGCCGGCUCCUGGGGGGGCAGCGGCCUUGGGAGGCGGAGAGGAGGGGACCCGGGAGAGAAGGCGCCGGAGGAGCAGCCCCCGGCCCGGGGCCUCGGCGGCUGGGGCGGAUGAGCGAGUCCCGGCGGGGUCCACUGUUAACAGUCUCUACGCUUUUCCAAGAGCAGCAGAAAAUGAGUGAAUCCCAGGGGCCAGUGUCGUUCAAGGAUGUGGCCGUGGACUUCACGCAGGAGGAGUGGCAGCAGCUGGACCCUGAUGAGAAGAUGACCUACAGGGAUGUGAUGCUGGAGAACUACAGCCAUCUCGUGUCCCUGGGGUACGAUAGCACCAAACCGAACGUGAUCGUCAAGUUGGAGCAAGGCGAAGAGCCGUGGGUGGCCGAGGGUGAAUUCCCGUGUCGGGGUCAUGCAGAAAUUUGGAAAGUUGAUGACCUCAUAGAGAGAAUCCAAGAAAAUGAAGAUGAACAUUCAAAGCAAGCUGUUUAUAUCAACAGCAAAACCCUGAUUGAAGAGAGAGAGAAUGCGUUUGAUAAAACUUAUAAUAUCAAAACAAGCCUUGUUCCUUCAGGCAUGAUGUCUCAUAAUUGUGUCUCAUGUGGAAAGAAUUUAGAAUCUACUUCAGAAUUAAUUAUUAGUGAUGGAAGUUAUGCAAGAAAGAAAUCUGAUGAGUGUAGUGAAUGUGGGAAAAUGGACCAUGGAGAGAACCCCUAUGAAUUUCAAAAUGAGAAAAGCUCUUCUCAAAAUGAAGAAAAUAUUCUUCAGAAAAUUAAUAUUUUGAAGAAGCCCUUUGAAUAUAACGAAUGCAUGGAAGCCUUAGGCAAUGAAGCUGUUUUCAUUACUCAUAAGAGAGCUUACCUGGGAGAGAAGCCCUAUGAGUGGAAUGAUUCUGGACCAGGCUUCAUCCAGAUGUCAAAUUUUAACAUAUACCAGAGGUCACAGAUGGAGUUGAAGCCCUUUGAAUGCAGUGAGUGUGGGAAAUCUUUCUGUAAAAAGUCAAAAUUCAUUAUACAUCAGAGAGCUCACACAGGAGAGAAACCUUACGAAUGUAAUGUGUGUGGGAAAUCCUUCAGCCAAAAGGGAACCCUCACUGUGCAUCGGAGAUCCCACUUAGAGGAGAAGCCCUAUAAAUGUAAUGAGUGUGGGAAGACCUUCUGUCAGAAGUUACAUCUCACUCAACAUCUGAGAACUCAUUCAGGAGAGAAACCCUAUGAAUGUAAUGAAUGUGGGAAAACCUUCUGCCAAAAAACACAUCUCACCCUACAUCAGAGAAAUCAUUCGGGAGAGAGACCCUACCCAUGUAACGAGUGUGGGAAAUCCUUCUCCCGCAAGUCAGCCCUCAGUGACCAUCAGAGAACACACACAGGAGAGAAACUCUAUAAAUGUAACGACUGUGGGAAAUCCUACUACCGAAAAUCUACCCUCAUUACACAUCAGAGAACACACACAGGAGAGAAGCCCUAUCAAUGUAGCGAAUGUGGGAAAUUCUUUUCUCGGGUGUCAUACCUCACUAUACAUUAUAGAAGUCAUUUAGAAGAGAAACCCUAUGAAUGCAAUGAAUGUGGGAAAACCUUCAAUUUAAAUUCAGCCUUCAUUAGACAUCGGAAAGUACACACAGAUGAGAAACCCCAUGAAUGUAGUGAAUGUGGAAAGUUCUCACAUCUCACUGACCAUCAUACGACUUUAGGAGAGAAACCCUAUGAAUGUAAUGAAUGUGGGAAAACCUUCCUUGAAAAUCCAGCCUUCAACGGGCACCAGUCACUUCCAAAAGGGGAGAAAUCCUAUGAGUGUAACAUAUGUGGGAAAUUGUUCUCCGAGUUGUCAUACUACACUAUACAUUACAGAAGUCAUUCAGAAGAGAAGCCCUAUGGGUGUAGCGAAUGUGGGAAAACCUUCUCCCAUAAUUCGUCCCUGUUUAGACAUCAAAGAGUACACACAGGAGAGAAACCCUAUGAGUGUUACGAAUGUGGGAAGUUCUUCUCUCAGAAGUCUUAUCUCACUAUACAUCAUCGAAUUCAUUCAGGAGAGAAGCCCUAUGAAUGUAGUAAGUGUGGGAAAGUCUUCUCCCGAAUGUCAAACCUCACCGUACAUUACAGAAGCCAUUCAGGAGAGAAACCCUAUGAAUGUAACGAAUGUGGAAAAGUGUUUUCACAGAAGUCAUACCUCACUGUUCACUAUAGGACCCAUUCAGGGGAGAAGCCCUAUGAAUGUAACGAAUGUGGGAAGAAAUUCCACCACAGAUCAGCCUUCAACAGCCAUCAGAGAAUUCACAGGAGAGGGAAUGUGAAUGUACUUGACGUGGGAAAUCUCCUGUGAGGUCAGGUUUUAUUUUAGAAAACCCUCUGAGUGUAAUGGAUACGGGAAAUCCAAUAGGGAGUCACAUGUCGACGUUUGAAAGUUAUGUUUCAGAAUGAGGAAAAGCCUUUAGGCAUUAGAGUCGUUUUAAUCUGAAUUUUCGCAGAGCAGAAUCCCUAAGAACGCAACAAGAAGUAGAUCCUUCAGCAAGACCUACAACUCGUUGGACACUAGGUAAUUUCUCCAGGAGUGAAACUUUAUAAAUAUUUAAUAUUUAUUUUGGGUUCAAAUUGUAGUUACAUAUCAGGGAAUCAUGCCAAGGCGAAAUCUGUCCAAGUGAUGAACAUGGAAAAAUAUGUUGUCUUGGAAAUAUGUCAUACUAAAAGCCAUAUUUCUGAUAUAAAGUCAAAUGUUUAUGGGAAAGAGAUCCUAAGCUAUCAGUUCCAAGUAAACCGUUGUAUACAAUGAAAUUUUCAAAUCAUCAGAAGUUGAUGAGAACAGUAGCAUUAAAUACAUAUAUGGCAGUUUCUAUCAUGUUUUAAAAAUGCAAUGUAACUAAUUCUAUGCAAUUCUAUGUAAGUUUGGAUUUGAAUAAUUUGUGAAAAGGCAAUAUUAAAUAUCUGAGUAUUAAGAUGGCAAAAUGUACUAGCGCAGGAUAUACUGUUGGUGAGAUGUUUGAUAGGUACAAAAUAGUUCAGUACAUAACUUUCUAUUCUUUAGGGGCAUUUACAAAUGGGUUUUUAAUGAAUGCCUCAUCAGUAGAGGAUCCAGUGAUUUUUAUAAGGUUUUCAACCACGUUUGAGCAAAAAAAGAUUUUAAGACAUACUAUUUUCAUAAACUACAGGUAGAUAAUUUGGAAUUAAGUCUGUUUCCGUGUAAGAGGACAGCUGUAUUGUAUUCCCAGCUCUGAGACCACUCUUGUUUUUUAAUCCAUAGGUUUGAAUGUGCAGUGUGCCACUAUUCUGUAAUUCAGAAAUUUUAUCUAUAGUUUUAUUUGAUGUGAAUACAGUAUCAUUAUUUUGUGCACUGCCCCUUCGUCUCAGUAUUUUGGAACAAAAAACACAGGUUUCUGGCAGGCAUCUUUGGUUGAUUAACUCUGUGUCCUUUCUCCCCUCAUUCCUCGCUGGGAGAGUUUGGGUGUCUAGCAUUUCUUCACGUGACACAGAGGGUACAACCUGAUAAGUCUCAUCCAAUCAUAAUUCCGUUCUGAUUGUCGGGAACUCAUUUCUAGUGGUCACGGGAACCAAACCUGAGUGAACUAAAUGGAGACGGUUUCCAUUUUGGAGAAAUGGAGAAAACAGUGAGCGACUGGAAUGCGAGGGUAUUUUAAUCAUCACAACUCAAUCACUGCCACACAUCCCAUGGGGAAAAGUUCUCUAGUAUGCAGGAAAUUCGUGUGGCAAAAUCCACCUCCACUUAUGUUCCUAACAAACUGUGGAUAGAAAGGAACUUUGUUAAUUGGAUGAGGCGUGUCUUAAACUACAACAAACAGCACGCCUAAUGGUGAAAUACUGAAAGUUUUCUCCCAGCAUCAGGAAAAUAGACAAGGCUAUCUGCUACCACUAAUUUUAUUCAGUAUUGUGCAGAAGGGCCUAGCCGGCGAAGUCAGGGAAGAAAAAAUAAUCAAAAGGCAUAAGGAUUAGGAAGAACCUGUAAAACUUUUAUUUGCCGAUGACACGAUUUUGUACAUAGGAAAUUCUGAAGAAUAUACAGAUAAUUAGAAUUAGUAAAUUUAACAAGGUCCCUACGUACAAGAUCAUUAUGCAAAAUUUUUUUUCAGUAUACCAGGAACAAACAUAGAAAAUGAAAUUUCUAAAAGCAAUACCGCUUACAGUAGCAUCAAAAAUCCUCAAGUGCCUAGGGGAAAAAGUACUGACUACCAUAUUUUCAAGAACUGUAUCCAAAACCAAAAACUACCAAACAGAGGGAUAUGUCUUGUUUGUGGACUCCAGGACAAUCUUAAAAAGAUGUCGGCUUCUCCCAAAUUAGUUCGUAUAUUCAGUGCCAUCUUAAGGUUCUAGCAAGUUCUUUAAUCAAAAUUAAGCUAAUUAUAAACGUGAAAAUUCAGAAGACUGCUAAUAGUCAAGGGUUUCUUCUAGACUAGACGGAGCUAGAGAACUUACAUAGCAGGAUAUCAAGACCUGUUAUGAAGCCAUAGGAAUGAUGGUGCGGUCCUGGUGCAGAGAUAAACACAUUGGCCAUGGGACAGAAUAAGGUGAUAAUGCAGUGUAGUGGUGGCAAGGAAAGUGUUCUUUCCAAUAAAAGCCUUGUUAAUUAAAUUUCAUAAUUUAGUAGGAAAAUCAGUUUAGAUGGAUUGCAGGUUUAAAUAUGAAAAUGUAAAAUAAGAAAGCUUUAAGAAAGCUUUGGAGAUUGUAACCUUAAAGUAAGCAAAGUUUUAAGACCCCCAAAAGCACUAAACCAUAAAGUAAAACUUGUUAAUUUGGACAUAUUAAGUUUAAAAACUUGUGUUUAUCAAAAAGACACCAUUAAAACAAAUAGGCAAACCGCAGGGGGGGAGAAGGUAUUUGCAAUUCAUACAUGCGUCAGCAGGGAGUUGAAGAGGGGUUGGUAAACGUUUUGUAAGGGGCCGGAUUCUGUUUUGGGCUUUACAAGCUAGAAGUUCUCUGUCAACUGCCUGACUGCUGCUGUAGUGUGAAAGCCAUAUACAGUAUGUAAACGAAUGAACAUAACUAUGUCCCAAUAAAACUUUAUUCGCAAACACUCGUGGCAGUCGAUUUGGCCAGCAGGCCAUGGUUGCUGACCUCUGAGCUAAAAUAUAAAACACCUACAAGUCAACAAGAAAAAAAUAAUGAGCAAAAGACUUGGACAUCCACUUCACAAAAGGGAACAGCCAGAUGGCCAAGAAACACGAAAAGGUAUGUUAAUUUUAUUAGUAAUCAGUAAAAUGCAGAUUUAAAGCACCAAGUGGUACUACUACCCACCCACUAAAAGGUGAAAAUGAGAAAGCAUCAAGUUUUGGCAAGGAUCUAAGCGACAGGAGCUCUCCCAUGCUGCUGGUGGUAUUGCCAAUUGAUAGGACAAUUUUGGAAAGCUAGGACGUACAGCUGAAUGUAUGUAUACCCCUUUAACCCAAACCUGGCAGGAAUGCACAUGCAUGUCCACCGUGCAUGUGUAUGUCCACCAAAGGACAUGUACUAGAAUGUUCAUGGCAUAAAACUGCAAAAAGCCGAGAACUUUCUGAAGGCAUCUGUGCAGUAGAAUGAACUUAUGUGGUAUGUUUCCUCCAGAGAAUACUGGAAAACAAUGAGAACAAGCAAAUUCUAAGUACAUGCAGUAACCUGGUUCACUUUCCCAAACGAUGCUGAAUGAACGAAUCCAGACACAAAAGCAAACAUCCUGGAUGAUUCCAUUCAUGUGAAGUAGAAAGGCAAAAUUUGUGCAGGUAGAAUUUGGGGCCGUGGUUAGGCUUGGCCAAGGCUGCAGGGGUGGUAUCUGGUGUUGGUGGUACUCUGUCUCAGUGUGGGUGCUGGAUAUCUGAGUGUUCUAUGCACUUAAGAUAUGUGUAUUUUUCUGCAUGUAUAUUAUACUUUCAUAAAAUUUUUUUAAAAAUCAUGUGUCGACCAUUUUUGUUGCUCAGCACUCUUGCCAUAUUUUUCUAGAUAGAUAUGAAUAUGCUGCACAACAGGAAAUAAAUGGUAGAUUUUGCAUAAUUCUGUGCAGGAAAUACUCCUUAUGGUAGUUUUUAAUGGCAACUACUAUGAUUUCCUACACUGUGACCUUAAAGCUUAAUAUAAUGUAUAUUUUAAGUAAAAUAUUUGGAAAGGUGACAGGGCCAUUACAUACGUAGUUUGUCAUCCUACCUUCUUGCAUAUGUAGAUGGAUCUGAACUGCCUCUUCAAUAAAGAACCAAUGUGUGUGA